AGGACCCCCCAGGACCCCCGCCACGCAAAGGCGCCGAACAUGGAGCUGUGGUUGGGGUCGGGGGCCCUGGCGCCGCCUCCGCCCCCGCCGCUGCCGCUGCUCCUGCUGCUCCUGCUCCUGCUCCUGCUGCUGCUCCCGCUGCUGUUCCAGUGCAGUGCCACCUUCAAGUACUUCUGCAAGAUGGCCUUCUACAACGGCUGGAUCCUCUCCCUGGCCGUCCUCGCCGUGCCCAUCUGCGCCCUGCGCGGCCGCAACGUGGAGAACAUGAAGAUCCUGCGGGUGAUGUUGCUGCACGUGAAGUACCUGUACGGGAUCCGCCUGGAGGUGCGCGGCUCUGACAACUUCCCCCCGAGCCAGCCCUACGUCGUCGUCUCCAACCACCAGAGCUCCCUUGACCUGCUGGGGAUGAUGGAGGUGCUGCCAGGCCGCUGCGUGCCCAUCGCCAAGCGGGAGCUGCUGUGGGCAGGGCCGGCGGGGCUGGCCUGCUGGCUGGCCGGCGUCAUCUUCAUCGACCGCAAGCGCACGGGGGACGCCAUCAGCGUCAUGGCCGAGGCGGCCCAGACUCUGCUCAGUGAGGACGUCCGGGUUUGGGUGUUCCCCGAAGGCACCAGGAACCACAAUGGCUCCAUGCUGCCUUUCAAACGUGGCGCCUUCCACCUUGCCGUGCAGGCCCAGGUCCCCAUCGUUCCCAUCGUCAUGUCCUCCUACCGAGACUUCUACUCCAAGAAGGAGCGGCGUUUCACCACCGGGACGUGCCGGGUGCGGGUCCUGCCGCCGGUGAGCACCCGAGGCCUGGGCCCGGAAGAGGUGCCCAAGCUGACGGAGGAGGUGCGCGCCUCCAUGCUUCGCGUCUUCCAGGAGAUCUCCGCCACCAGCAGCCGGGGGGACCCCGAGGAGACCAGCGCGCCCGGCCAGGCCAAGCUCUGAGCUCCCUUCUUCCCCGUCCCCCACCCGCCGCCGGCCUUGGACUCUGGGACUCACCUCCUCCUCCUCCUCCUCCUCCUCCUCCUCCUCCUCCUCCUCUCCGAUCCCUUCCCCCCGCAGUCCUCCUGGCUCCUUCCAGCCCCCCACGCCACCCCAGUCUUCCCCAGUUCUCCUCUCCCACCCCACCCCACUGCACCCCUCCCCAGGACUUGCCAGCGAUGGUACAGUUUUCACUCCAGCCCUCCCCACCUUCUCGGGGGAACACUCCCCUCCCCCCUGACGAGGGCGCGUGAACCCUCGGGUCCAACCUCCGGGACGCGGGGUGUGGAACCAUCCACUCCCCUCCCCGCCUUCUUGGGGGAACACUCCCCGCCGCCCAGCCAGGGCACAUGGACUCACUCGCCCGACCCUGGGGUCCAACCUGCCGCUCGCAGGGUGUGGAGCCUCCCGUUGCCCUCCCCGCUUUCUUGGGGGAUCGCUCCACCUUCCCACCCAAGGGCGCGUGGACUCGCCCGUCCCUGGGGUCCAACCCACUGCUGUUGUCCACUCCGCCCCACCUCGCUCCUCAUCCGCUACUCCCUCCGCCCCACGGAUUCAGGUGGGCUCAUCUGGUUCCCGAGGGUGGGGCUCGGACGCCCCUUAGCCCCCGUCCGUCCCUCCCCACCCGCCCCCCCGCCGAACUGUGGACUGAGGCGGACCCUUCCAACCCCUUCGCCGACCAUUCCAGUCCUUCCUGCCCUCAGUCCGUGUGGAUGGGCCCGGACGCGUGGACCGGACUCCGCAGUCCGUUCGCCUCGACCUCCUCCCUCCCCUCCCGUGGGUCCAAGCGGUCGGGUCCGACCCCCCAGACCCCAAUUCCUUCCCCUCCUCCUCUCCCGUGGUACGGCCCAGUGGUGGGGGCAUUCGGGGCUUCCCCUCCCGUGGGAGCCAGUGGGCCAGUUUGGGGCCGUACCGUUUCCUCCGGUCAGGGGCUGAGGAUUACCGGUGCUGCAUUAACCUCCCUCCCCCCACCCUUGCUCCCUGAGGGUGGGAGCGGACCUUUUAAUUUAUUUCCCCCCCGUUUUGGAAGAGGGAGUCCCGAGGCCUCUGUUCCCUCACUUGCCCUCGGUGACCUCUGACCUUUCUCCCUCUUCACAGCCAAACCCUGUCAGUGUUACCAGUCCAGGAGGGGGAAGAAGGGGGCUGGGUUCCCCCUCUUAGCCGUUUAUGGGGGCGAGGUGCCCACGGUGGGGAGCAGGGAGAGGAAGAGUUUACAAAAUGGUGGAGGAGGAGGGGCUGGGCCUGGCCCUGCCCCCUCAGUCCUUCCUCCCACCCCCCCAACAGCUGCCUCCAUUUCCCCCCAUCCAGUGUGGGGCCAUCACAGCCUUAAGUAGCACGAGACCCCACCCUUUGACCCCGGGGGUGAAGGGUAACAGCCUGUGGUCCUAUUUCAGCGCACCUCCCCCAUCCCCUCGCCUUGAAGGCAAAACUUGGGGUCCCCCCCCCUCCACACCCCCACCCUUUUUACUUGAGGCCAGUCAAAGUCGGAGCCAGUGUAACACGGGGAGAGGGGCAGAGUUGAUGCCCUCCCAGCUCUCCCUUCCUUCCCUCUUGCCCUCCCUCCUUUCCCCAGCCCAGUUCUGCUUUUCCAGUUCCACGUUAGCACGGGGUUCCUCUCCCAACCCCCCUUUUCCCCCCGCGGGGGUCACAGGACAGUCCAGUCUGGUCUCUUGGCAGGUUGGGGAAGAGGGAGAAGCAGGGGGGAGCCCGCAGCAAUGGUUUUUAUUAAUUCAAAUAACAAAGUCGGAGAAUAAAGCGCAGAAGAGAG